GUGACCCUUGCUGUCUCUGCAGUCACUUAAGACUCUCUACCCCGGAUGGGGCAUUCAGCAAGGGUGAUACUUGCUGCCGCUUGUUUCCUGUAACUGCGAGGUAUUCAACAGACUUUUCCGACUCCAGACAUGGAUCCAGGUUGACGCUGGAUUGUCCUGGUUUUAACUGUGAGGGGAAUUGGGUGUGGAUUAGAAUACUGAUGUGGAGCACCUGAGCUUUGGGACGUAAACCUUCUGGGACAUGUUUGGUUUCUCCAAGAUGCCAAAGCUGUCUGGCCAUAAGAACAAAACAUCAGGCUGGCCGCCUCCUGGCCCAGGCUCCUGGGGAGGACUGCAGGGGCCCCCAUACAGUUGGGACAGCAUGAACAGCGCCAGGGAGGGACGGGAAUGCCUCACCAACCAAGUAUCGCAGAGCAGCUCCCUGGAGGAGGUCCACCUAGAUGGGGUCCCUCCUGCCCCUCGUCUGGUGGAGAUGAGACGGGACCCAGUCCUGGGCUUCGGCUUUGUGGCAGGCAGUGAGAAACCGGUGGUAGUCCGCUCUGUUACACCAGGUGGUCCAUCAGAGGGGAAGCUGCUGCCGGGUGAUGAGAUCAUCAUGAUAAACGACGAACCCGUCAGUUCGGCUCCUAGAGAACGAGUCAUCGAUCUCGUCAGGAGCUGCAAAGAAUCCAUCAUGUUGACUGUUGUCCAACCUUAUCCCUCCCCUAAAUCAGCGUUCAUCAGUGCAGCCAAAAAAGCCAUGCUCAAGUCCAAUCCGGUCAAAGUACGCUUUGCUGAGGAGGUCAUUAUAAACGGCCAGGUUCCGAACCCGAUGAAGGACAACUCUCUUCUGUUCAUGCCAAAUGUCCUAAAGGUCUACCUGGAGAACGGGCAGACAAAGUCCUUUCGCUUUGACAGUAGUACCUCCAUCAAGGAAGUUAUCCUGACCCUGCAAGAGAAGCUGUCAAUCAAAUGCAUCGAGCACUUCUCCCUGGUGUUGGAACAGAGGACCGAAGGCUCUGAGAGUAAACUGCUCCUCCUGCAUGAACAGGAGAUGCUUACUCAGGUGACUCAGAGACCCGGCUGUGACAAGAUGAAGUGUUUCUUUAGGAUCAGCUUUGUUCCCAGGGACCCAGUGGAGCUGCUGCGGAGAGACGCUGUUGCGUUUGAAUACCUCUAUGUUCAGAGUUGUAACGAUGUGGUCUUAGAGCGGUUUGGCCAGGAGCUCAAGUAUGAUGCUGCGCUGCGAUUGGCUGCAUUGCAGAUGUACAUCCUCACCAUGACAACCAGACAGAGUCAGAAGGUCUCCCUCAAAUACAUCCAAAAAGAGUGGGGUUUGUCACUGUUUCUGCCUCCUGCUGUGCUGUCCAGCAUGAAGGAGAAAAACAUCAAGAAGGCUCUGACACACAUCCUCAAAACCAACCAGAACCUCGUGCCUCCAGGGAAAAAAUUGACCGCUUUGCAGGCCAAGGUGCAUUACCUGAGGUACCUCAGUGAACUCAGACUCUUUGGAGGGAGGGAGUUCAAAUCAAUACUGUUGCAAGGUGAAAAACAGACAGAGGUGACGCUGUUAGUGGGCCCACGUUACGGCAUCAGCCACGUCAUCAAUGCCCGCACAAACCUGGUGGCCCUAUUGGCUGACUUCAGCCAUGUGAAUCGCAUUGAGAUCCUCACUGAGGAUGAGACCAAUGUCCGACUGGAGCUGCAUGUUCUGGACGUCAGGCCCAUCACACUGAUCAUGGAGUCAAGUGAUGCAAUGAACCUGGCUUGUCUAACAGCAGGAUACUAUCGCCUCCUAGUGGACUCGAGAAGAUCUAUUUUCAGCAUGGCCCACUGCAAUAGCACAGGAGUGGAUGACCUUAGUCAGGAACGUGUCCUGGAGUGGCCUUACAGCACAUCUUUUGGGGACAAUGAGGAGCCUAGUCAAGUAGAGAUCUACAGCAGAGACUCUGAGUACUCAGACAAUGGGCAAAGGGAAAACAGCAUUUCUCCUUACUUCCACGAACCACCAAACCCUGACAGAGACCUUGAGAACCGAAGGAGUCCGUUGCCCCCUCCUCUGCCUCCGGCUACCAGACACAAAACUCAAGACUCACCUCGGAGCGCCAAAGUGUCAUUUAUUUUUGAGGGGAACCCACCCCUCAAUAAAUUUAAGAACUUACGCUAUGAAAGACUGUUAGAGAGCCCAGAGGUACCCAACUACGGACCGCCCUACUUGCACAACAACACAUACUUUCAGCAACAGGACAGAGAGCCAUUUCAGCACGUCUAUAGUAACAUCAUAAGCGAGGAAAGUAGUGAUGAGCUAAGGGAACUAGUUUAUCGUGGCAAUACAAGCGAUCCAGACGAGGAUUCUUGUGAAGAAGAUUCCACUGGGGGGACGCCAGUGGGUGAUGAGACACAUGAUGGUAUCCAAGGGGAGGGCCUACCCACAGCAGCCGGCAAAGCUACCUUUCUCACCCUUUCCGGUUCUACGGACGACAUUAUCGACCUGACGUCGCUGCCUCCUCCCGAGGGCGAUGAUGGUGUUGACGAUGAUGAAGACGACACCCUGCUGCAGACGCUCAACCUUGCGAUCGCAGCACCACCACCAGGCUUUCGCGACGGUUUGGAUGAGGACGUUGCACCCGAGGGAAGGCCUCUAAGCACACGUGAAAAUGAUGAUAUUCCGGUUUCACUAAUCGAUGCCAUUCCAACGCAUGGGGAAGGGAGCAGGGGAGGGGAGAGAGGACUGGAAAAUGCGGUUAUGAAUACACUGCAAGCGCUGCAAGCUCUCUCGGUCUCUGAACAGAAGCCUCCACCGCCGCCACCACCCAGCGGUAACAAUCCAGGUGUUUAUAUAUCUCAUGGCUUUAGUCCAGAGUCAUCCUCAGACUCUGGUAAUGAGACCAACUCCUCAGAGAUGACUGAGAUCUCUGAACUAGCUGCUACUCACCGACUGAGCGAGAGCCACAUGCGUCUUCUGGUGGCCACAAGGGAAGGAUACCAACCUUUACUUGAAGAAAAAACUGAAUUUCCUGUCUCCCCCAGUACCGGAGGAACAAUACAAAAGAAACCUCGCAGUCCAACACGACACCUUCAUCCUCCAGCAGUUCCUCCAAGACGGAGCCCUCAGUUAAGCACCACAUCAGCACGGCCGGACAGCUCAGAAGUAAGGCCCCAGAUUAAUCUCUCAGCCACUCUUCAGCGCCCAAGCUCCACCACACCAGGAGGCAAGCACCAUAAAAAAUCAGCAGACUCCAGCGGAAAGUAUAACACCUUCAGCACAAGGGAAGGAUAUCGAGGAGAGAGCAUUGGGAGCCGCAGCCAUCUUGACUUGGACCAGCGUACCUCAUUCUGCGAACGAGAAGACAGCCAAAGAAGGCAGGAUUCUUUUUUAGCAGAAAACUCUGUAGCCGAGAGCCAUGGAGUCAACAGCCUCCCUCGUGAUCAUCAUAGAAGUCCCCGCCCUUCCUCCGUUAUCACUGACCGCUUCUCAGAUGUUGUCAACUUGGGGGGCUGUGAUGCAGAUAAUGGAGCUUCAGCUGCUGAGCAAGAUGAACAUCUAGUUGUAGCAUCGUUGCUAUCCCCAACCAAAAAAUCUAGAUCAGGGGGAUCAGACCAGGGCUCAGACAUACAGAGUGACCAUCAGACCAUUUCGAGACAACAGAGUGUAGCCCGGCUGUGUGAAUACCAUCUAGCAAAAAGGAUUUCAAAUCUGCAAGGAGAAGCACACAGUUCACUGCAGGGCUCUCUGUGCUCAUCACUGGAUGCUGGUGGCAGCACGAACAGUAGCGUUUGUGCUACCCCAAAUGAUUCACCCCUUGGCCCUGGUGCCAUUGAAUCAAAACACCACCAUCUGCAAAGGCACCCGCUUUCUAGUUCCUCCUCCUCGUUACUCAGGGUGUUAAACUACGAAGAUAACAAACCCGGAACCCCCUUUGCCAACCCUGCCCAGAGUACUCAGGGAAAAGACCUCCACCCUCAUGCAGAUCCUGCCCUCCUUCGGAAAAUGCUGCCCAAUAUUCACCAACCUUCCCCUGGGUCAGAACCGGGCCGGCCAUCCUCAGCCACACCAUCUAAGCAUAAAGACCCUUUAGGAAACAAGCGACUCCAGAAUGAUCAGCAUGCUAAACAACAGGCCUGUCUGAAAGGGCUGAACCAGAAGGAAGGCAGCGAGGCCUACAGGCAAUUGAUUAACUAUCUAACAGUCAGCCAGAUGCAUCAGGGAGGGAAGUUGCAGAGUGCGGGCAUGGGAGGAGGAGUUAAAAAGGACACAAGGCGUUUCAUUACUAGCAACCCCCAGCUUGUUGAAAUGGUUAAAAAUAGGGGGAACACCAUCGCUCGCUGCCCGUGUAUGCCUUCAUCCAUAUCAUCUCCAUUCCUCAGCCCAAAUUUAGUUAACCCUAAUGCUGCUGCCAUGCAGGCAGCAAACAAAAAUGCACGGUCAUACUAUUCUGCAACACUUCCUACCAAACUCAAGAGAAGUCCUGAUAUGCAUGCUCAGAGAAGGAAUGAGACUUUAGAUUUCAGGAAAGCUACUUCUGAGAGGAGGAGCUCCUUUUCUGGCCUAGAAAGUGAACUAGAGAGGAGUGGUCUGGACCCAGAGCACUUUCUGUCCCUCUAUAAGAGAGAGGGAUGUAACAGCCGCGACGGAGGACUUGCUACAGGCGGAAACCGUGAGGGGGGAGGUACCACUAGCCGUCAUCCACCUCGAUCAAGAAGCCAAGCUAGCAGCACAGAGGAAUGGUUCAGAUCAGACCUGAAGUCAAAGCAUGCAGUUCGUCAGUCCCGCCCCAACGAUUCUCUUUGUUUCUCUGCUGCCCCCGGUGGUCAAAGAGCAGACCUCAACACUAUCUCACUAGGAAGGGGAGACCACCCUUCAGCUUUUGUCAGGCAGGCAUCAGCUGGUCCAAGAGCUUGCAUUACAUCUCCAAUACCCAAUCCUCAGAAUCCACCUCCCCCACCACCUCCCCCACCACCUCCUUCUUUUUCCCAGCCUGUUCAAGUCAACACUAGUUCCAGCAACUCAGGAUGCACACAGGACCCCAAUCAUUCUGUCCAGUCCCGGCAGAGUCAGAACCACAUUCAGGCUGUCACCCCGACGCUACCACACACAGAUCCCUUCAGUAGCCUGCAACGGGGCCGGGAGCUUAAACGGAGCUCUAGCAAUGUAACUGCAAGUUCUGGUAGUGUUGAAGCUCUAUUUGAGAAGCCCACCCGAAGCCGGAGCCAGCAGCCCCUGUCACUGUCUCUGCCCCCGCAAGGUGACACCAAAGUCCAGCGGAGGCCAAAUAGGAAGAGGCUCUCCAAGAGCUACUCUCAAGGCUCUGUGUCUUCCCACACCACGUGCUGGUCCACAGGCAGUAGGGUAGACAGUAGAAGGGCAUCUGUGGCUUUUCCAUUGCAGAAAGAUGCAAAACAAAUGAAGGGCUCUCAAAAACUGGACACAAGUCCCUGGAGAUGUAAUGGGCCCUUCAGCUACUGUUUCUUUAAACGUAAGAGUGAGGGCGAAGAGGAUGAGAUCGAAUGGGAGAGGCCCAGACGAAGUCGCAGUGGACCUGAUUUCAAGGAUGACGGUGCUGCUUCAGCCAUAUUCCCCUGCGGUUCCGCACUGGAUGCUGCUGGCGAGCAGCUGUAUGGCGAGGUCCUUAAUAACAUGAGCUUCAGUGACCGACUGGCACGAAUCAACGCCCUCAAAGACCACAUGUACGGUUUCCCUUCCGGCUUCACUGAUGCCCGCCGUGAUGCCAGCGAGCUCAUCGCAUUAGUGAGAUCCAGCAUAGGUCGCUGUGAGCGCGGCAUCCAGAUGCCUAACCAGGAUGUAUCACAGUAUAAACAGCUCCUCUCCGUUGAGUCAAAAGAAUUAGGCCGGGCGUGCCGGAGGAUGGCACAGGCCCACAGCAGUCCAGAGGAAAUGCUGCUAGCCGUGACUUGUAGCUUUCAGGUGCUUUGUUGUCUCUGCGAAGCUUGCAUGUGUCUGGUUAGGGGACUCGGAGCCUCAGCCUCACACCAACAGAGAGAAGUCGUGGCAAAGGUUGACGAGGUUGUUAUGAACUAUAUCUGUUUGCUCAAAGCAGCUGAGGCUGCCACUGUUGGAGCGCCAGGGGAGCACAGCAUGAAAGCCCUGGUCCGCCACUCUAGUACCAUGUCAGCCAUUGCUAACGCACUCACCCGCUCCCUUAAAACGCUGCUUAGCAAGUAGAGGCUACUCCUUAUAAUUUAUAGUGUGGCCUCUGCUGUCAGCGGGAGUAUGUCUUUAAGCGUCUUGUCGUCUUUGAGUCAGCUGUAAGAGUCAUGUAUUUUUCAUAAAGGUUUAGAGCUGUCUCCAUAUCAAAGUUUAAAAAGCAAAAGGCAGGAGUUAGACUAAACAUUAAAGUUACAUAACAUUUACGAUGAAUAGAUGUAUAAGAUGCUUAAAGAGUCCUCUGACUGCACUUGCUUUUUUUCUGAUGACAAUAUUGUAAUGCAUAUUUACAAAGCCAUACUGUCACAGACCUUUGUAAUAUGAUAUGUACCUAAUAGAAAUUAUACCCUUUUAAGUGUGCAUUAUGUAAGUUAUUUAGAAAAUGUGUAUAUAAUGUACAUAAUUAAUUAUCAAAUUUACUGUAGCAGUUUCAAGAAGCCAUCGAGUAUUCAGUUUAACCCUCUCAGGCUCAGAUUAAACUUUUUGUCGCUAAUGCACAACCAAGUCUGAGUAAAAAAACUCAUAAAAUGUGUAUGUGGGGUAAUCAGGUUGUUAGUUUUUAACUGUUGCAAAUCAGCAACACCUGCCUGGAGAGGGUUAAUUUGCUUUGAUACUGUGCAGGGCUAGGGGUGACAGUUCACGAGUGGCAGUUUUACAAUAACUGUAUUUAUUUUAAAAGAAAAUGUACCUCUAGACAUGUAAUUUAAAAAACAAGUUUCAUUGUCAGUCCAGUGAGGAAGUGAUAUAGUUAUAUUUAAAUGCUCUAAAAUGACUGUGUAACAGUGAGCUGAUUUUAACUGAUUACAUUACGAUGCUUGUUUUUCUUUCUUUGGUUUUUGUUUAUUUUACAAGAUGACUGGAAAAUUCAGUAAAAGUGUUUAACAUACAGGUUACACUAAACAUUGCACUUCAUUCACACAACCGCUUUGUAUUCUACCACUUAGAUUACUUUGUUAUAUAUAUAUUUAAAAAAAGAAAUAUAUAAUUUCCCCCAACAUCAAAUGUCAUCAAAUAAACAUUGCUAAGUUAUAUAUAAAGUUUAAAGGCAUAUUUCAGAUUGAGCAUUGUGGAUUAUAUCCGAUUACUUUUUUAGUUUGUUUUUUUAUUACCAUCGCUUUUGGAAUGAGUUUUGUGCGUGAAUGAUUUACUAAACCACGCUGUGUAUCAAGAUGUGGUUAUGUCUCUCAACAAAGAAGAAAUCACUGCUUUUUUUCAGCAACCCACCAACCUAUUAAAAGAUAU